CUCCAAAUUUUGUUUCUUUCUUUCUCAAGUUUUUAAUAUAAAAUAGUUUCGAUUCAUAAAUAAAGAAACAAAGUUUGCUUUUUUAUCAAUCUUGCGAUUCGUUAACUCGUUUUCUCUCAUCACCUGUUUCAAGCUUUCGAUCCAAAAAAUAUAUUCUGAUAUCCCCACCAACAUAUCACGAGAUUCCUCUUUCCGGUGGUCUCCGGCGACCUAAAAAGAGCUUAUUCUCGUGGUGGAGAGCAAAUGAGGGAUGUUCUCCUGGUUUGCGAGAAUGGCUCUUUUUUGUUUGCGACCUAUGCGCCGCUACGGCCGUAUGAACAGAGACCUCGACGAUGAUGAUAACGAUGAUCACGACGGCAUCGACGGUGACUCUUCCUCCGGUGACUCGCUUCUUUGGUCUAGAGAACUCGAGAGACAUUCUUUCGGAGAUUUCUCCAUGGCUGUCGUUCAAGCUAACGAGGUUAUUGAAGAUCACUGUCAAGUCGAGACUGGAAACGGUGCCGUUUUCGUCGGAGUCUACGAUGGUCAUGGUGGUCCUGAAGCUUCUAGAUACAUCUCUGAUCAUCUCUUUUCUCACUUGAUGAGAGCUUCGAGAGAAAAUAAUUCCAUUUCAGAGGAGACUCUGAGGUCUGCAUUUUCUGCUACUGAGGAAGGGUUUCUCACGCUUGUGCGAAGGACUUGCGGGUUAAAACCGUUGAUUGCAGCCGUUGGAUCUUGCUGUUUGGUUGGAGUUAUUUGGAAAGGGACCUUGCUUAUAGCUAAUGUUGGUGAUUCUCGUGCUGUGCUUGGUUCCAUGGGGGGUAGUAAUAGGUCAAACAAAAUUGUAGCGGAGCAAUUGACUAGGGAUCACAAUGCGGCUUUGGAAGAAGUUAGACAAGAGCUUAGGUCAAUGCAUCCAGAUGAUUCACAUAUCGUUCUCCUUAAACAUGGUGUGUGGCGCAUCAAAGGCAUCAUUCAGGUAUCUAGAUCAAUAGGGGAUGCUUACUUAAAGCGCCCAGAGUUCUCUCUUGACCCUUCAUUUCCGCGGUUCCACCUCGCUGAAAGGCUACAAAGACCGGUCUUAUCACCAGAGCCUUCUGUCUACACGAGAGUCUUACAAACAAGCGACAAAUUUGUGAUAUUUGCAUCAGAUGGACUCUGGGAACAUAUGACCAACCAGCAAGCUGUAGAGAUAGUGAAUAAACACCCUCGUCCUGGAAUAGCUCGAAGGCUGGUGAGAAGAGCAAUGAACAUAGCUGCGAAGAAGAGAGAGAUGAGUUACGAUGAUUUGAAAAAAGUGGAGAGAGGAGUGAGGAGAUUCUUUCAUGACGAUAUAACGGUGGUUGUGAUAUUCAUAGACAAUGAGCUUCUUAUGGUGGAGAAAGCUACUGUUCCUGAAUUGUCCAUUAAAGGCUUUUCUCAUACCGUUGGACCUUCCAAGUUCAGUAUCUUCUUCUCUUAGAAUUUUUACAUUUCUUGAUUUUACUCCCACAGAUGUGCUAAAAAAAACGAAUACGGAUCGAUUUUGUACCAACACCUUGAUUUUAGAUACAAAAUUGUAGGUAUAAUAAUCUUUCAUUUGUAAUGCUAAUAAUCGAUAUAUCCUUAUGAUUACA